GAAAUCCUCAGCGCAGUAUCCAAGGAUUUGAGCCGCCGUCAACAUGACGUCCGCAACCCCUCCAAAACACCAGACUCUCGAGAUCUUGGACCUCAGCUCCCCACCAGCAUUCACUAAGCCCUCGAAGCGCAUCAACGAAGGCUCCGACGUCGCACGCUUCCUCACCAGCCUCGCCUACCGCGAUAUCGGAAUCUUCAUCCUCCAGCUUAACCACGCCUUAUGUCCUCGAAACCAAACACCGUCACCCCUCCCCCGCACCUUUCCCCUCAAUUCGAAACCGCCGACGUCGCUGUCCGUCCAAGCUCUACAGAACCUUUUGGCAAAGGUCGAGAACUUCAUCGACCAAGCACCGCCUGACCCCGGUCCUCGACGAUUUGGAAAUGUCAGCUUUCGAAAGUGGUAUGCUAUCUUUGAGGAGCAUUUGGACGAGCUGUUAGGAGAAGGGCUUCUAGGUGAAACACUCAAGAUUGGCGAUGGAAAGGCGAAAGUGGAAGUCUCUAGCUACCUACUUGGUGGUUUCGGCAGCGUUCAAAGAUUAGACUAUGGAACUGGGCAUGAGCUCAGCUUUAUAGCAUUUCUUGGGUGUCUAUGGAAGCUGGGUUACUUCAAGGAUGGACAGCAAGGAGGCGAGAUCGAGCGCGAGAUCGUCCUCAAGGUUAUCGAACCAUAUCUCAACGUGGUGAGAAAACUCAUCCUAACCUACACUCUCGAACCCGCUGGUUCCCACGGCGUCUGGGGCCUCGACGAUCAUUCCUUCAUGCCAUACGUAUUCGGCUCCGCGCAACUUACACGACCCAUAAACGAUGACGAGCCGAUGCCUUUGGAGGGAUCUGUUAAAGGUGCGCCGAAGCCUAGCGACGUUACCAAAGCCGCUGUGGUGGAGGACCAGCGACAGGUCAACAUGUACUUUUCUGCCAUUGGCUUCAUCAACGAUGUUAAGAAGGGCCCAUUUUGGGAACACAGUCCUAUUCUCUUUGAUAUCUCCGGUAUUCGAGACGGCUGGGGCAAGAUCAACAAGGGUAUGAUCAAGAUGUUCAACGCUGAAGUGCUGUCUAAGUUCCCCGUUGUCCAGCACUUCCCAUUCGGUUCCCUCUUCUCUUGGGAUGUUGAUCCAGAUGCUGCAACUCCGGCACAAAGCGUCCAUAUGGCGAACCAGCCAACCACAGCAGGCCCAGUACCUUCAGGGCCCGGAACAGCUGCACCAUGGGCUCAAGCUGCCAGAAUGCCAGUUCCACCAGUAGCCGGCAUUCCCUAUACUCGGAUGCCACCGCCAGGACCCAGUUCAGGGUCACUUGCUAGACCACCUCGAGGCGCUGCGCCUACGAGUGAAUCUACGAGUGCACAAAUCACUGUUACCAAAGCACCGUGGGCUAGAGAUUCAUAGGGGAUACAUAUACCAGCAUCUGGAGAUUUUAGCAUAUUAGGGAGUCAAGGACUGGACAUAGAUAUUGAUUUGCGCAUUCGAU